AUCGCGUCAUGGCCGUGACACUCUCCAAGUAAACGUAAUAUCCGACAUCUAUUUAAUACCCAUAUACCCUCCCUUUACUACAUUGGACUGGCACUUUCAGCAUUUCCCAAUACAAACUGCUACUAAACUAAGGAUGGCACGAACUAUUCAGCGUGAAGCAGCCUCUUCCUUGAAAGCCAUCAAACCAACUACAAAAGUCAACUCCAAACCCUCAGAACCUAGCAAAAGUACAACGCCCUCUGUCAAAGGGGUGCAACCUGAAAUGAAGUCACAAAUCUCCCGCAUCGUCCACUCUGAUCGCACCGCCUUUGAGAAGCGCGUAUGGACCGCCCUUUGCCAGAUUCCACGCGGCGAAGUCACUACAUAUGGGCUCUUGUCCAACUAUCUCGGCUCGUCGCCACGAGCUGUGGGCAAUGCUCUACGAAGAAAUCCGUUUGCUCCAGAAGUACCGUGUCACCGUGUCAUUGCGACGAGCGGCAAGCUUGGCGGAUUCAAAGGAUUCUGGCCAAAGAAUGGCGAGGGCAUCACCAUAACAGAGAAAAGAAGGCUCUUGAAGAGCGAAGGUGUUGUGGUCCAAGAUGAUGGAAAAGUGGUUGCGUCAAUGUGGCAAGGAUUCGUAUGACAGCUUGUACGUUGUAUGAAUAUAACG